AUGGACGACGAAGCUAUGGAAGAUCCAGAUGCAAAGGAUGCUAAGGAUGACGACGGCAAAGAUGAGCGAGCUGCAUUCUGUUGCGCGCAGGUGAAAAGACUGCGUAGAACAACGACGGGCACGAGUCAGGUGGUUAGCAUCAGCUUGGCAUAUAGAAUAACUGUUCACGAGCUGUUCAUGGAGUGUCUCGGUGACGCCGACGUCGCAUCCUGA